AUGACCACGUCUAUGGAAUUGAAGGAGGGACUGGCCCGCGAAAAUACCCAGUGCGGUGCCAUUAGCAUAAGAUUGUUGGAACUUAAGAUACCAAUGUACGCAGUAAAGAAUCAAAACGUCAGACUGGAAUGUCAUUACGACCUUGAGGGAGAAACCCUAUAUUCAGUCAAGUGGUAUAAAGAUGGAAACGAAUUUUAUCGAUUCGUCCCCAGAGAUAUGCCCCCUGCACAAGUAUUUCCAUUACCUGGAGUAGCGGUUGACAUGCACAAUUCUUCAGAGAGUCAAGUCGUCUUGUCCUCCGUACAACUAUCAACAAGUGGAUUGUAUAGAUGCGAGGUUUCAGGGGAAGCUCCUUACUUUCAGACAGUGACAGAAAAUAAUCGGAUGACAGUUGUAGCUCUUCCAGAAGAAGGUCCCCGAAUUACGGGUGGGAAACCUAGAUAUCAGAUUGGGGAUACCGUAAAAGUUAAUUGUACAUCCGGAAGGUCUAAACCAGCGGCCCUUCUUAACUGGUUCAUAAACGGAGAAGCCGCCGAUCAAUCCCUCUUGAAAGGACCCCACAUAAUAGUGACUGGUCGAGAAGGUCUAGAGACAUCAGUUUUAGGUCUUCAGUUCGUAGUUAAGCAGAAGCAUUUUAAGAAGGGCGACAUGAAACUGAAGUGUUUGGCAACCAUAGCAACAAUUUACUUGAAAAGCAACGAACAAUCUAUCGAAGGAGAGAGACCUUUAAGAGCAUCGGUGUUAGAAAGUAGAGGAACAGUGGCACCAGCAGAGUCCAGGGCUGACCGCGUUCAAGCUGCGGGCAGUCGACUCUUCUACAACCCCCGUUUAUCAGUAUUAGUACUGUGCUGCCUGCUGUUUCGGUGGCUACUGAUGAGGUAACUGUGGUGUUUUUCGUUUAACGGUUCACUUAGGAAAUAGGAGAUAAUCGUUAAGUUAAUCAGCUUUUAAUCUGAUACUUAAAUGUAAAUGCAGUACUUAAAUGUAAAAGCAGCGUUUACAUCUAUUUAAGUCACUACUAUUUUGUUUUAAAGCUGUUUUAUUAUCACUUCAUCCGAAAGAAACUUAACAGAAAAAUGAAAUAGUAACUACAAUUAAGUGAGCACGAGUGAAAGGAAUCAUUACGAUAUUCUAACGAUAUAUAAUAUUGACUGUUGCCAUAUUAAAUUAAAAUAAUAUCUUUUCAAUUGUAUCUCGACUUUCCAUAGUGUGUAUUGUUCAUUUUCUGUGUCGUGUUGUGUGUAUUACACUAUUAAAAAAAUUAAACAUUACUAUUGAAAUUUGCGAUUGGACUGACAAAGAAUAUCCCCGAAAAAAAAAAUCUUAUUUAUUUAAAUAAAAACUGUAUCACAACGUUCAGAGAAUGCAAUAUAUGAACUAUUAAAUUCUUAAUAUAUCCUAAAAUUUUAAUACAAACCUUCAAAGUACCAUAAUCAUUAUUUAUAACAACUAUAAAGUUUGGUUGUCAGUUUAAACACAUUGAUUGUAAAAUAACUUGAAUAAUCAAGCUUGCAUAGAUAUGAAAUACUGCCAUUUCCAUGUACAAUUUCAUACAAGAUGGUCGUUUCAUUGUUAGUACUGAAAAAAGCUUAAAAAAUUCCAAUUUAAUUUUUUCAUUGUCAGUGUAAAUGUCUUAAUUUAAAAUAAUAAAUAAUUUACUAUUAAAAUAUAAAUAUAAACCAAUUUCAGUUCAACAUAUCGGUCCAUUAAAAUGCCAUUUCUAAUUACCUAGUCUAAAUGUUGUGCUAUUUUUCCAAAGGUGCCCUUACCCUUUCCCUUCCAUAACUAGAGCACUAAAAACAUUGGUAUUAUCAUGAUCCGCCAUUUUGGACCCAAGCAAUGGAAAUAACUGCAGCAAGUAUCUAUCAGUAGGUACAGUUGGAUAUGGAAGUGUCUCAAUUAAAUAAUAACAUUUGUUUUUUUUCUUGAUCUCUUGAGAUAGAUAGUCGGGACAACCUACUAGUAUAUAUCUAUUUUCUAUUGCCAAGACCCAAAAUGGCGGAUGAUAAUCCUUAUGUAUUUAGUGCCUUACCACAACUUUUUACUACAAUAAUUUCUUUGUCAAUGGAUUUGGUUAUACCUUACAUGAAUAUGUCUCACAUGUUGAGCGUUUUGAGUUGUAAAAGUAAGGAUACGUAAGUCAAUUUUCCAGUAUACAUAUGUAAACAUACAAUUUAACUAUGACAUUAUAGUGAAUAUUUCACUAAAAUAUUACCUGACCUACGUUUUAUGCGCCAUUCAAGAUUGGUAGCCAUUUUUAUAAAAAGUAUGGGCUCAUUUGACACCCUGUAUAGUUUGUAAUACAUUGGUUAUAAAUAUUUCAUUAUGAAAACACCUUGCAAAUGCACUAUUCUUUCAAAUCCCUUAUCGUCCAAACUUCAGGUUAAACUGUUAUCGAUAAAUUCCAACUUGAACUAUUGUUCAUUAACGCAUUGUUGAACCACCAUUAAUUAGGAGUUUUAGAAGAAGUAUAAUGUACAUAUUAUCAACAUUCGAAGCAUAACCUUCAAUCGUUCCUGUUUUUGCUUUAUUUUUUUAUUAAUGUUUGUCAGAGCCCAAAAAAAAAUAAAAUGAGA